AUGUGGGAGGACAAGCUCUUGUACCUCCUGUUGCUCGUCCUGGCCAGCGUUGCGCUGGCCUCCGGCCUGGCCACCACCAAGCCGCAGCUCUUCGCUCACCCCACUUACGCCUGCGCGCUGCGCUCCACCGGCCACGUGGACUGUUGGGGCCACGGGCCGAGCGGCGCCUCGGUCGCGGCCCCCACCAACCAACAGUUCUGGGCCAUCUCAUCGGGUGUCUCGUUCGCGUGCGCCCUUGCCUACGACGGCUACGUGCAAUGCUGGGGCGAGGAGGCCAUGUCCUAUUCCUCGACGGCGCAGUCGAUCAUGGUUCGCGACCAGAGCAUGUGCGUGCGAACCGACGACCUCCGGUUCGACUGCCGCGGCGCAGAAAUCGAAAUGAACGGCAACCACUCCUUCAGCCAGGUGGCCUUCACGCAGAACCGGGCCUGCGGCAUCUUGGCCGACACCGGCUCUCCCAUCUGCUGGAGCCAGAAGGCCUUCGGCCAGGUGCACGAGUCGAUGGUCCUGGCCCAGAUCGUGAUGGGCGACUCGUGGGCCUGCGGCGUCGAACAGGGCACCGGUGCACUUCGGUGCCUGGCUCCAGUCGCACCACCGCCGGUGGGGUCCCCGCCUCCGCAGCCGCCACCGGGCGCCUUCCUGCCGGGCACCCUCGUGUCGAAUCGCGAUGACUUUUGCGCGCUGAACGCGAACCACUUCGCCGCCUGCUGGGGCAACAGCUCCCCGGCAAAGCCGGCCGGCUCGAUCGGCGCGACCGCGUUCGUGCAGCUGACGCUCGGUGAGGGAUUCGUCUGCGGUCUCCAAGCCGACGGUAGCCCCCUGUGCUGGGGGAACAACGCCCACGGGGUGCUGAACCCGCCGGCUGGCGUGCGGUUCGUGCUUCUGGCGGCCAGCCGCGGCUAUGCGUGCGGCAUGCGCGAUGACGAGGUGACGGUCUGCUGGGGCGACGCCGCGCCGACUAACCGGCCCUGCCCCACGGCCUGCUUCGGCAACGGCACCCUCGACGCGGCCGAGUGCCGCUGCCAAUGCCCCUCUGUUGAUCGCGACUGCACGUGCCCGGUGGACACCUGUAACAACGGCGGCCGUGUGCUGAAUGACGGCGCCUGCUCGUGCGAGUGCCACAACGCGUGCGCGGGCGCCGGCUGCGUGCGCACCGCCGACUGCUCGUGCCGCUGCGGCGCGACCCAGCCGCACCCGAAUCUGGGCGCUGUGCCCGACAGCGCCCCCGCGUCUGCACUGUCGUAUCGGAUCGCGGGGGCCGAGUCGACCUUCCCGGUGGAGAGGCUCACCGGUCAGGCCAUCGCCGGGGCGACCGAGUGCAGCCAGGCCCUGCUCUACCUGCGCCUGCUCGACACGGCCGCCUGGAGCGGGGCCAGCUGCGCCGAUUCGGGGAGCCUGUUCAUGGGCGCCAACAUGGCCAACCUGGACAUCAACCAGCACCCCCUGGCCUCGGUGCGCCUGUCGGGCGACCAGGACGGCGGCUGGCUCUACCGCAUCGUCAAGUGCGUUCCGACGACCAACACCCUCCUGCUGUGUCCGCGCAACUGGCUCAUGGAUUCGGUCCACUGCCCCGGGUCCGACCGGGACUGCUCCCAGUGCCUCCCCCUGGGCCGGGGCCUGACCGACACGGCCGACUACGAGACCACCUGUACCGAGGGUCCGGCCCCGGCCCAAGCCGCUCAGCUGCGGUCGGUGGUCCUGGCCGGCGGCUAUGCCGGCUACCACGCCGAGCCGAACGGGACCCUAUGGUGCGUGCCGCUUCCGCCGGGCGUCACCUGUGCCACGCGGUUCCUCAUGUUCCGCGCGCAGGAGUGGAGGGUCGAUCUGGGCGCCCUGCUCGUGAAGCUCCACGCAGACGGGAACGGCGACUAUCAGUACGUCUACCGGGGUUGCAGCGGAACUGCAACUGUUCCCUCCUCGCUCCUGUUGAAGCCCUACCAGUGGACCCUCAGCCCCGCGCACUGCCCCCACCUGGACUGCUCCCUGUGCUUGGCGGCUUCGCAGGGCUAUUGCUUGACCAGCCACAUGGCUCCCUACGGCUUGGAAGCCGUUUUUAAUAGCCUAAACACAAGCGUGAGUUUAUCCUGGGGCGACUCUGGCGCACCACCUGGCACCAACUACGCAGUCUACCUUAGGAGUGCCAACGGGUCCCCAAUCAGAUACAUCACUACGGCCCGGCAGUUGGAGAUCUCGCUUGAAGGCACUGGGAUGGGACCCCGCCUACAGGCCAAAGUGGUGCGCGUCUACUGCCCGACCACCUGUGCGGCUGGCGGUUGUUCCUCCAACUCCCUGGCGGGCGUCCAGCUGGCCCGGUCGGUGGCCGAGCGCGAUGAGUGCGAGGACGGCCUGGUCGAUUGCAUGGGCGUGUGCAACGGCACGGCUCUUCGCAAUCCGUGCGGCGUGUGCGCGCUGCCCGAAAACUACCACAGGGGCGAUGGCUACUGGGUGGACUGCGCCAACACCUGUGGUGGCUCGGCAUACGUGGGCGAGUGCGGCGUUUGUGUGGAUGGCCGCUCUGGUCUUCCGCCGAAUGCACACAAGGACUGCCAGGGAACGUGCUUUGGCAAGGCCACGCGCGACGAGUGCGGCGUGUGCCACGCGCAGGGCGACGACAGCUCUAGCCGGGACUGCACGGGCGUGUGCGGCGGCAAGGCCGUGGUGGACGAGUGCGGCGAGUGCGUGCUGGGCACCACCGGGCGCGAGUUCAACGCCGCCAAGGACUGCGCCGGCCAGUGCUUCGGCGGGCGCCUCCCCACCGACCCGGCAUGUCAGUGUGAGGGCGAACGACUCGACAAGUGCUUCGUGUGCGGCGGCGACAACUCGACGUGCGCCGGCUGCGACGGCGUGCCCAACUCGGGCCUGGUGCGCGACCUGUGCGGCGUGUGCGGCGGCGACAACACGACGUGCUGCUUCCUGCCCUUCGCCCAGGCCACUGUCGUCAUCCGGGACUUCCAGGCCAUCGCGGUGCGCAGCACGCUGGACGCCGGAGAGACGCUUCUCGUGCAGAACCUGCACGCGGGCCGUGAUUACACUGUCACGCUCGAACGGCUCGGCGGCGACGACGACGACGACAGCGGGGCCAAGCGGCAGCUCUCUUUCUUCUCCCCGACGCUGCGGCCGGGCAACUCGCUUCACAUCGAGAUCUCGCAACCCGGCCAGUACCGACUGACCACGGUGGAGAGCAGCACCGUGUCGACCCACUUGACCGUGCGCUACAACGCCAAGACCACCGACGCCUGCGGUCGCUGCAUCGACCGCUCCGACCUCUUGAACUACGACGCUUCGCUGCUGGCGCACGUGGCGGCUUACGAGCACGGCUGCGCGGUGAUGGAGUCGAACAACGUGCACGCCUGGUUUGCCACCACGCACUACCGCGACGCUGCCCUGGCUCUCCACGCCACCACGCGCGUGGCCCAGCGUACGGAGAACUACCGGAGCGCGCCGACCAGGCACCUGCUGCGCCUGGUGAAGCCGCAGAUGGUGGACACGUCGGUGUGGAGCGCCGUGGACCAGCGGCUGGCGGUGGGCGACGUGGUGGUGCUCGAGAACCGCGACCUGCUCGACCACGUGGUCUCCAUCAUCGGGCCGCAGCCCAUGCCCGACGUGGUGCUCGACCGCGGCACAGUGGCCGUUGCUGGGCCGGUGCUCACGCCGGGCUCCUACCGCGUGGUGUCCAGGAGCCACCUCAUCAACACCACCUUCACGGUCGAGUUCGCCUUCGCCUGCACCGUGCACGCCCACGACGACGAGGAGCAGCAGCCGCAGCCGGCGACGACAGCGGCGGGGAGGUACCACGCGGCAGUGAUCGGCCUCACCCUGGUGGGCAGCUUCACCCUCGCAGCCCUCCUGGCUGCUGCCAUCGUCGUGGCCGCGAUUCACCUGCGCCCGCGCAGAGAACAGUAA